AUGUUAGUUCAUUUAUGCUAUUGUUAUUAUGACAUAAAUAUUAUUAUUACUUUAGAUGCCUCAGAAGAUAUUGGAAAUUUUAGAUUUGCUGGUAUUAAAGCUACAAUUACAAGUUUACUAAAAGAUAAUCUUUUAAUUUUUAAAAAUUCUACUAGUGGUACAAAAGUUGGUAUUGUUUAUUAUGGUACAUCAAUUGAAAAAACAUAUUAUGUAAAUGAUUUUAAUAGUGUUGAGGAUGUCAUUGAUACUAUAAUUAAUUUAAAAUUUCUUGGUGGUGAAUCUGAAAGUUUAACAACAGUCUUUAGAGAUGUUAAAAAUAUAUUUAAUCAUGAAACAUUUAGAAAAGUUAUUCCUACUUGGAUAAUACAUUUUACUCUUGAACCAUCAUUAGAUUGUAACUAUAAUGAUUAUCAGGGUGCUUGUUUAAUAACUAAAGAAUUAAAAAAAGAUGGUGCAAUAGUAACAAUAGUAAAUCUUAUAUCUGAUGAAAGUAUUCAAUCACCAACAAAUGAGAUGGGAUCACCAUCUUACUCAUUACCAGCUGAUGUUCAUUUAGUUGAAAAUUUACAUAAAGUUUUGAAAAAUAUUUCUGUUGAGAAGAAUCCUAUUGAUUAUUCACUUAGAUAUUGUGAUAGAAAUAUUUCUUCAUUAUGGAUUGAUAUUAUUUUUGUUAUUGAUACCUCAAUUAAUAUGGCAAAAGAAGGAACAUUAUCUUUAUUUGGUACAAUGAUAUCAUAUCUUUCAACAGGCUUCUCCUAUAAUACUUCUGAUCCAUUUUAUUCAAGAUUAAGUAUAAUAACAGCUGGUGAUGAUGUAACUAUUAUGACAAAAUUAUCUGAUGAAAAAAAUUUAGAAAGUAUUAUUAAAUUAUUAAAUUUAAUAAAAUUUACAAACUCUUCUACAAUGAAUACUUAUAAAGUAUUAGAAAAUGUUGAAAAUAUAAUUGUUACAGAUAAAGAAAAUAGAAAAGAAGUUCCAACAAUGAUUGUUUUUAUGACAGCUAAUGAUAAUUACAAUUGUAAUGAUAAUUUACCACCAAACUUUUGUUCUUAUGCUUCAAGAAUUAAAAAUCGUCCAAAUACUUUUAUCGUUAAUAUUGAUGUAGGAUCACCACCAGGAAUGGAUAUAUCUAAUGAUAAUAAUAUGUUAAGCCGUUUGGUAGAAAUUUCUCUAGAUAUAAAUUGUUUUUGUCCAACUGGUUUUGCUCAGUUUAUCUCCCCAAAUGGUAUAACAAAAUCUGGAGAAUGUAUUUUUUGGCAACCAAUUCCAGCAGGAUAUAGAUCAGCUCAAUAUGCCUGUUUUACAUUAGGAGGAACAUUAGCAGACACAACAUCAAUGUACAAGUAUAUAUGGUUAAAAAAUUAUUCACAAAAUAUGUCAUUUUGGAUUGGAUUAAAUAAUAUGAAUGGAUUAAAAAAAUUUUCCUGGGACAAUGAUAAAAGUUUAGUUGAUAAUGUAAUAAUAGAAAGUUUAAAUAUCACAGAUAAUAACUAUUCUCAUUGUGUUUUAAGAACAGAAACAGGAACUUGGGAAGCAUCAAAAUGUUCUUUUGCCACUCCAAGUCACUCAUACUUUUGUCAAAUUAAUUCAUGUGAUACAAAAACAAAUUGUCUUUAA